UCUGCCGCGAGGGCUUGGUCGGACCUAGGGCCACCUUGCCCGGGGCUUGCGGAGACGUCGGCCCACUGCUCCUGCCCGGCGAUGCUGCGUGGAGGGGUAGGAGGAGGUGCCCGAGGCUCUGCCGACCCCGGGGUGGAGGUGCCCCGGUGCCCCGCGUUCCAGCCGGCUCCCGGUUGUUGGCGGGCCGCGUUCCAACCCCAGCUCUGCUCUUUACUACCUGUGUGACCUUGGCCUGUCUGAGUCAGUUUCCCCUGGCAGUUUUGCACUUUUGAGGACACGCCUUUUGCUUGGGUACAAGUUGAGGGGGUGAUUCUGUGGGGUGCACAGGUGUUGGCACCUACAGACGUUUAGGGGCUCUAGAACACUCAGGGCAUGGACCAAGCGGCCUCCUACCUAUUGCGUGCGCGUCACACAGAGGGAGACGGAUGAAGGAUGUGGCCUGGGUGACCCAGGCUCCCCUGCUUUGGGCUGCUUCCCCCUGCACUUGGUGGGCACUUGGGAGCCAUGGGCCCUGUGUGCAUGCAGGUCCUGCCCUUUGAGGGUGAGCAUUUGUCUGAGAGAGAAAUAUUCACUCUUAACAUUUUUUGAAAAAAUGCUUAUGGGGCGGAAUAACACAGAGCUUCCCUUGUCUUUCAGGGCCAGCCAAGGGGAGUUGUUUUCUGACCUUUUCUCACCACAAAGAACAAAGAAGGGCCAGAGGUGCAUCUGCAGACGCAGCAGGAGGUGAAGAUGCGCAUGACGGGCAUGGCACUGCAGGUGGUACGCUCUGACGGCGUCCUGGCACUCUACAACGGCCUGAGCGCCUCCCUGUGUAGACAGAUGACCUACUCCCUGACUCGGUUUGCCAUCUAUGAGACUGUGCGAGACCAUGUGACCAAGGGCAGCCAGGGGCCCCCACCUUUCUACAAGAAGGUCUUGCUGGGCUCCAUCAGCGGUUGCAUCGGAGGCUUUGUGGGGACUCCCGCGGAUAUGGUCAACGUCAGGAUGCAGAAUGACAUGAAGCUGCCCCAGAAUCAGCGCCGAAACUACGCCCAUGCCCUGGACGGCCUGUACCGCGUGGCCCGCGAAGAGGGUCUGAAGAAGCUCUUCUCGGGCGCGACUAUGGCCUCCAGUCGAGGGGUAUUUGUCACCGUGGGCCAGCUGUCCUGCUAUGACCAAGCCAAACAGCUGGUUCUCAGCACAGGGUACUUGUCUGACAGCAUCUUCACGCACUUUGUCGCCAGCUUCAUCGCAGGUGGUUGUGCCACAUUCCUGUGCCAGCCCCUGGAUGUGCUGAAGACCCGCCUGAUGAACUCCAAGGGCGAGUAUCAAGGUGUUCUCCACUGCGCCAUGGAGACCGCGAAGCUCGGGCCACUGGCCUUUUACAAGGGCCUCUUGCCUGCCGGCAUCCGCCUCAUGCCUCACACCGUGCUCACGUUUGUGUUUCUGGAACAGCUUCGAAAACACUUUGGCAUCAAAGUGCCGUCUUAACUGGGCCAUGGGAGCGGGCUGGGCCACCCCUGGCCCCCAGUGCCAGGUUCUUCCAGAGUCCGGGAGGGUCACGGGACC